AUGCGCUCGCGGAGCUACAUAGCCCACGGCCGUGAUCCUCGAUACCCGAAGGCGGGCCGGAGCGCGCCCAAGCUGUGCAGCCCAGGGUCGGUCCAAGAUAGACUUCUGUCAAGGGCCCACUGGGCGGCAGCCUGUGGCCCGCAGAGCAGGUCCGCACUUAAACUCGCUGUACGUGUCCGGCCCCACAACACAUACGCAUUUCCGGCCCAGCACCCAGGCGUGGAGUCCAGAGUUCCCUCGCUCCGUUAUCCAAACCAGGCCGUCCCGCCCGCUGCAGACGCCGCCGCGAACGCCCCCCGCCCGGCGGGCCUCAGGCCGAGCCUACACUCCCUCCGCCGUCGCCAUGUCCUGCGGUUUGUAGAGCGCGACGCUGGAGACGAUGUGCCGAACGCCCGCGUGACAGGGCAGAAGCGGCGCAUCCAAGAGUUCCAGAAACGUUGGGAGAGGAUCAAAGAUGACCUCCCGCCUCAGCUCACGCGCUCGCACAGUGAGCGGUGUCAUUGGAACGGGCUUUUCUUAGGAUCCGGAGCUGCGCUGCACAACGGGGGACCCGUAGGGGCCCUGCUCGGGUACCUCAUCAUGGGCUCUGUCGUGUACUGCCUCUGCGUCUCCAUCGGAGAGAUGAUCGCCUUUCUGCCAAACGUAGGCGGCGUCGUAGGACUGACAGACCUGCAUGUGGACCGAGCGCUCGGGUUCUCUCUGGGGUGGGCCGCAUGGGUAAGUGACCGGUUCGAGCGAUUACUGCGUCAAGCUGCUGAGGUGACCGCGGCAGUGGUCGUCGCCGGAUACUGGAACUCGGGCAAAAUUCCGAUUGACGGCCGUCUUCGUGAGUUCUUCCUCGCGCUGGCGACCAUCAUCAACUGCUUCCCUUCCCAAGUCUACGGCUCGUUCGAGUACCAUUUCUCAGCCAUCAAGGUGCUCACCAUCGUCUGCAUCAUCGUGCUCACCCUGGUCAUCACUCUCGGCGCCGGAAGCUCAGAGUGCGUGUCACCACUAACUCUUGCCGCAACGCAAAAACAUGUCAGAACUAACAAAAGGCGUUCCGCUCCCAGUUUCAGGUUUUUCGACACAUGGAAGCACCCGUUCACCGACAGCUACCUCGGGGUCACCGGUGCCCUCGGUCGCUUCCUCGGCUUCUGGGCCGUCCUGAUGCAGGCCGCCUUCUCGUUUUUCGGGUCCGAGGUCCCAGGAAUCGCGGCGGGCGAGGUCAUCGAUGCCACUCGGAAUGUUCCUAGGGCGUUGCAGCGCGUGUGGAUCCGGAUAUCGCUGUUCUACAUUGGCGGGAUCUUCUGCGCCGGCCUGCUCGUCGACAGGAACGACCCGGACCUGACGAGCGGCGCCAACGCGGGCACCGUCAAGGCCUCGCCGUUCGUGAUCGCGUUCCAGCACGCGGGCAUGUACUGGGUGCGUCUCGCGCCCUUCUCCUCCCCCCUCUCACGCGCACCAUGUCUCCGCAGAAUCAUCUUUCGAGCUGAAAAGACACGCAGAUCUCGCACGUCAUCAACGCCGCCGUCCUGCUCUCCGCCUGGUCCGCCGCGGCGUCCGACAUCUACAUCAGCAGCCGCUUCCUCUUCUUCCUCGCCCGCCGCGGACACGCGCCCCAGCUCUUUGCGUCCCUCGUGCGCUACCCGCGCGGCGCCACGAUGGACGGGGCUGCACCACAGUUUGGCGAGGAGGUGCUGUCGUCUGAUGAUGAUGACAAUGAUGACGAUGGCGACGGCGGUGGCGGGGAGGAGGAAGAGGAGGACGCGGCGGAGCCCGGACUCAACACGCCGCCGGCGCCGGGAGACGACCUGGAGGACGCCGUGCAGAAAAAACCGUGGUUCGUGCUCCCGCUGA